AUGGAAUGUAUACCCGGAUGUGAAGUGAUUUUGCCGGAAAUUGGCACAGCAAGUGUCAAAACCAAAUUUGAUGCUUGUCAGUCCCCGGCCGUACUAUCGUUUUCAGUCAGAGUAAGUUGUACUAUUUAGUUUUGUCAGCGUCAAAAAGAAUUGGGUUGUUUUCAUAGUAAUUACAUAGAAAAAAAAAUUCAAUUCUUUUUCAAAGCGGGGUGAAAAAUGUCAUUUUUCAACACUUAAAUUUUAAAAUUGAACACUAUUUUUAUAAAAAAGAUUUUUUACAUCUUCUCGGCCAUUGUUUUUACACUUUUAAUGCCGUUUCCAAGAAGUAUUGAGAGUUAUGUGGGGCUUUGAACGUCUGAGGUGCAUAUUAUACAUGCUAUUAAGGUAAAUGUUUUGGGGAUUCAAACUGUUAUGUCUUAAAAAUGUUUGUUUUUGUGAUUCUUUGCAGUGUGAAGGAUUAUGAAGGACAGUUUAGUUAAUUGCAAGGUCUUACAAUGAGUUAAAACAGAAUGCCAAGAAACCCGCGAAAAUGAAAAUUUAAAUUUUUUUGAAAAUUUUUAAAAAACAUGGCUUUAAUUUUGUGAUUUAAAAAGCUUUUGUUUUUUUAGUUUAUCUUAGCACGUUUUUGCUGUUUGAAACGUUAUGCCAAAGAUUCGCUAAAAGCCCGCAAAAAUUAUAAUUUGAAUUUUUUUGAAAUUUUUCUAAAAUACAAUUUUGUUUUAAGGGUCGCUGGCCUUUUAAGCCAAUUUUGGCACAUUUUAGCUGCUUGAAACGUUAUGCCAAAUAUUUGCCAAAAGCCCGCGAAAAUCAAGAUUUAAAUUUUUUGAAAAAAUUUUUAAAUUAAAACUAAAAAGUCAAAAACAAUCUUAUUUUAUAUCGCAAAAUAUUUAAUUUGAUUAUAUAUUUUUUGAUCAUUUUAAAAUAUUUUUGGUCGUUAUAACUUAUAUUAACCAUGAGCUGCUUAUUACUCUGGCCGCGAAUCCAAUUAAACUCUCAAGUAAAAUUUUUCGCAAUAUAUUAGAAAAAGUGUUUCAUUAAAUUAAAAAGUUGAAAUCUGUCAAUAGAAUUUGAUUUUAUUAAAUUUUCAAAAAUUUUUUAAAAAAUUUUAAAAAUAUUGGUCGAAUUUGAAAUUUUUUGAAAUUGAAAUUCCAUAACCAGUAUAAUAUUGCCCAACAGAUAAUAUGAUGUUUCCCAAUAUCUAAUAUAACAUUGCAAUUGCAAUUCAUUGCCGAAAAAAUGAAUUUUGAUCCCCAACGAAUGUUAUAUUCUAAUGGCUUUGGCAAACACAAAAACCACUGCACUUAAGCCAAUUAAAACACAAACCCGACCUUUGUGAUUGAGUUUCAAGUGGACCUGAACUUGCGUAAUCUUAUUAGCAGUGGGAUUUGUGGCAGAGGGUAGGGUAGGGUGGGUAGGGUAGGGUAGGGUAGGGUAGGGUAGGGUAGGGUAGGGUAGAGUAGGGUAGGGUAGGGUAGGGUAGGGUAGGGUAGGGUAGGGUAGGGUAGGGUAGGGUAGGGUAGGGUAGGGUAGGGUAGGGUAGGGUAGGGUAGGGUAGGGUAGGGUAGGGUAGGGUAGGGUAGGGUAGGGUAGGGUAGGGUAGGGUAGGGUAGGGUAGGGUAGGGUAAGGCAGGGUAGAUGCUUUUUGUUUACUCCAGAUGUCAUAUUUUGCUAUCCCCCAAAUUUUGUUUAUUUCAUAUGCCCUCAUCACUGUAAAAGUGCGUCGAGAGCCUCGAGAGAGCGAAAAGAUUCAAAAAGAUUAAAUUUGACAUCAUUUAUGAGAGGCCACUUACAACUUCUGGACUCUAAUUUAACGCUUUUUCAGAUCUAAUAACAACAAGGGGGGGGGUUUACUUCAUAAAAAAAAGCUUUUUAAUACCCUAACCUACCCUAAACUACCCUUCUACCCUACCCUAUCCGACCCUAAUUCUUGCCAUACGCCUUUUUUGUCUACCCUGUGUUUUUUACCCUGCCCCACGCUGACCUGCCCUGCUUGAGCUCUACUCUAUUGAUACAGUACUCCGUCUUAAUAUAGCCUAUUCUGCAUCCGCUCGUCUCUGUCUGAUGUCUUGUCUUAGCGUUAUUCUACCUUACUUUAAAUUACAGAGCCCUAGCUUAUCCUACUGAAUCAGUCUUACAUGUCAUGUUAGCUCCCCCGCUCUUUUUUCUAAAAAUAUGACCCUACCUUACUCUAGCCUGGUCUUUACUUUAUCCUACCGUAAAGAAAGCUUUGAUUCUUGACGUUUUGCUUCAGUUUUUCAAUCUUUAUCAAUAAAACAAUGCCAUCCAAGAAACAAUGACAAUAUUAUUCACCCUAUUGAAUAAACAAAAAACCCUCCGGUACUAUUAUACUCCAUUAUACACUACUCAGUUAUGCCAGAAAUGUAAAUAGAUGUUUCUGGGAAGUGAAGAAGACACUUCCGCCUAUCUAUUAAGUAUUUACUUUGUUUGGUCGUAUUUGUCUUCGUUGGUCGCAGAUAAAAGGCCAGAGAUUAGCAGCGACACCUUACUUAACAAUGGCUUUAUGAUGCCAUUAUAGCCACAUAAGGGAUCGUAUACGAUGAGAUAUUACGGUUCGAGGGAUCGUAUAUUACGUUUGAGAACAUGGCGGGCCGGUUUUGGUUUCUGGGUUUGUUUGCUUUGGAUUAUACUGUAAUUGGGGGGGGUACUGUAGCUAAGAAAUUAUAGCACUGUAGCUAGAGUAGGGUAGGGUAAGCUAGGGUAGGGUAGACCAGACCAGGCUUGACUAGUAGACUUGACCAGACCAGGCAAAACAAGACCAGACCAGAUUAGACCAGACUUGACUAGACUAAGCUAGACCAGACCAGACCAGGCCAGACCAGACAGAACCAGACCAUACCAGACCAGACCAGAUUAGACCAGACCAGAUUAGACCAGACCAGACCAGACCAUACCAGACCAGACCAGAUUAGACCAGACCAGACCAGACCAGAUUAGACCAGACCAGACUAAACUAGUUUAGACUAGACCACACCAGACUAGACUUGACUAGGCUUGACUUGUCUAGAUUAGACCAGCUUUCGAGCCAAGCCGAAUUAAUUUCCUAGGCAUGGCCCGGUCCGGCCAAAUUUAGCUCAAACCGAGUCCGGUCUUCCUGGUUAUUAUCCACUUGUUACAACAUAUGCUUCAAGAUGUAAACAUGUUCGCGCCUGUUACUCUUGUAAUUCUGUCCAUCUGUUCUCGUCUGGAUUAGCUUCCGCUGGGAUUUGGAAGAGAGAGUAUUGAGAAGGGAGAGAGUGAUUAGAGAAAAAAGAAAAAUGGUUUAGGGUUCAAAAAGGAAAGAAUUAAUGGAUCUACAAUAACAUUAAAAAUUUUUAAAAAACGAAAGAAUUAAUGGAUUUCACAAAAUGCCAUUUUCAGAGUGACGGCAAAGUCACAUCCCACACUUUCGCCGCCGGCAAUGAAUUGGAAGUCCGGCCGUUGCGCAACAAUUAUUGGCAACUUAACUUACGGGUUCGGCUUCGUGCUGUGGGUGAAUCGCAUCAUGCUGAGGCUUGUAUGGAGACUGUCAGAACGGGCAAUUUGACUUGCUUUAUGAAUGGCGUCAUCCCGGAUUCGGCUUCGGAAUGCUCGCAUGAUCGGCAUGAGGGUAGGGUGGAGUUUGUAAUGCUAUUUAGUGCUCUGUUUUAUGGUACUAUAGAAUACAAGAUUUUGUGGUACUAUACAUUACUAUAAUUUAUGGUAUUAUACAGUACUAUAGUUUAUGGUACUAUACAGUACUAGAACUUAUAGUACUAUAAAGCAUCAAAUUAUAUGAUACUACAGAGUACUUGAGAUUAUGCUACUAAAUAGUACAAAACUUUAUGGUACUAUAUAGUACAAAUUUUUAUAGCACCAAAUAAAUAUUACUUUCAAUUUUAGUACCAUUUUUCAAAUAGCAGUACUAAAAAGUUAACAUUUCAAAAAUUUUAGCGAAUUCCGGCUUCUUCAUGGUACUGUUAUGUGUAAUAUUGGUAACAUGCUUACUGAUGAUUGGUGUCGCAGUGUGUACUAUAAUGCAUCGAUUCUAUUCACAACAAAAGUCAGGAGGAUCUAGGAAAAACAGCAGUAUUUCUAAUGGAAAAGGCGUAAGUUAUCUAGUCUAGUCCUAGUCUAAGCCCUAGCUUAAGCUCUAGCCUAAGCCCUAGCCUAAGCCCUAGCCUAAGCCCUAGCCUAAGCCCUAGCCUAAGCCCUAGCCUAAGCUUCAGCAUAAGCCCUAGCCUAAGCUGUAGCCUUUCUCCUAGCUUUACACCAAGACCCAGUACAAUACCUUUAAAUUUCAGAGUAUGCACUGUUCGCUAGUAAAAGACCCAAGUACAGUAUGUUCACUGAAAUUCCCUGAAGAUCGAUUAGAAGUGAUAACAGAAGAGGAAGAUGAAAAAGAUUUCAAUUCGGAAUCAGAUCACAAUAUCAAUGACAAAUUGAGUGAUGCCGUAACGGAAGAAGUGUCAAAUCAUAGUAGUGGAAGUGGCACACCGACUAGUGGUCAUCGCGCCAGUUUUUUGUACAAAAAAGGUCAGCAUACCUCUUAAAAAGCAUAAGCAUUAGUGUACAUACUGUAAAUUUCAUGUUCGUACCUAAUUUUUCCAACUAACUUACAUUCAAUUUCAGAUCAAGUAAUCCUACCGACUCAAAUCCAAGCUCAGCGGCGUAAUUCCCAGCCAUUUAUGUUUCCGAUCAGUGAUAAAAAACCACCCCUAACAACAUUUUCAUGA